UCAAGAUUCCUUCUUCUUGACCAUCAUCGUACUCGGAUGUACCAUGGACAAUCUCCCCGAAAAGAAUGAACUGUAUGGAACAAAAGACUACUGGGAUCGACGAUAUCAAGCGUUCGCCUGCUCCUGAUGUUUUUUCUUACCUCCUAACCACUCAGAAUAACCACUAUAGAGAAUCCGAUGACAAACCUUUUGACUGGUUCAAGAACAUUCAUAUGUAUGAUGAUGGCUACAAGAAUAUUGUCAAUGUGGAUUAUUCUUCUGUUGUGAUCGAACAGAUGCAAAAGCGUCACGGAGUAGACCGAUCUGAAAUGGAGUGGCGCGUCAUGGACGUUCGUGAACUUGAAUUCGGCGAUGAUCACUUUGAUGUCGCCAUCGAUAAAGGAACCAUGGAUGCCAUGAUGACAGCCAAGGGAGACGUUUGGGAUCCCCCCGAACAAGUAGUCAGCGACUGUACAAAAGAAGUGGAUGAGGUGAUCAGGGUUCUACGAAAGUCCACUGGUUUGUUUUUGUAUCUAACGUUUGGGCAACCACAUUUUAGAAGGCGGUUUCUUACGAGGCCAGAAACCUCACUGCAAAUCAAAGAGCUAGGAGAGGCAUUUCAUUACUAUUUGUAUAUAGUGCGAACUUGACGUAGAGUUGCGUGUGGGCGCUUGUAGGGCUUGAUCGGCCCGAAAACGGCUGCAUUUAUUCUGCCGCACUUGCGUUAUCCGCAUACAUUUGGCAUCAUGAGAAUUACAAUCGAC